CGAAUAACAUAUGGGAGGAUCUUGCUGUAAAGAUGAAAAUAUUGAAACUAAUAAAGAAAUUAGAAAUGCCACUAAUAAACCUAUAUUCUCACAUGCUGAAAACUUACCUCCAAGAAACAUACACAAUAAAUCAAAUCAAGAAAUUAGAACUCAACUUUUGUAACCAACAAUUCCAAUUCAAAAUGAUCAAAUUCAAAUACCAAUUAUUCAUAAUGGCCUAGUCAAAGAAAUGUUACUUAAAUUAGGUGAAUAUCAAAUACCAUAAUCUAUUACUAAUGAAGGUCUAGAUGUUACAUCUCCAAUAUAAUUACCUGAUGAUUCUAUCUAUGUUGGAGGCUUAAAAAAUAACUUAUUUUAAGGAUAUGGAGAAAUCUAUUGGGAUGAUGGUACUCAUUAUUGUGGAUAAUUUAAUAAAGGUACAAAAUCUGGAAAUGGUAGAUUAAUUUAUGCUGAUGGAGAUGCAUAUGUAUAUAAACUUAAUUUAAUAAGGAAGGUGAGUGGUUGGAUGAUUAGUAACAUGGAAAAGGAAAGUAUUGGUAUUCUGAUGGAGGACUUUAUGAUGGAAGAUUCUUAUAUGAUUUAAAAGUAAAUUUUAUUUCUUAUUACCUUUAGCAUGGCUAAGGUAAAGAAAUCUUAUCUAAUGGAGAAACUUAUGAAGGAGAUUUCAACAAUGGAACAAGACAUGGUAAAGGAAAAUUAAUUAUGACUGAUGCUGUCUUUGAAGGUUAAUUUGAUAACGGAUAAAUGAUUGAUGGAGAAUAUAGAUGGAAUGAUGGAAGAAAAUAUAAAGGGUAAAUUCAAGGAACAAAAAUGCAUGGUCAUGGAGAAUUUUGGUUUCCUGAUGGAAGAUAUUACAAAGGUAUAUUGAUUUUAAUAUUAUUAGGUGAUUGGGUUGAUGAUUAAAAAUAAGGAUAAGGAGAAUUUCACUAUUCUGAUGGUUCUAUGUUUGUAGGGGAAUGGAAGAAUAAUAAAUAGAAUGGAUAAGGGAAGUUUGUUGAUUAAAAUGGACAAAUUAUAAAUGGCAUUUGGGUUGAUGGCAUUAAGACUAAAUGA